GGUAAACAAUAAUAAGAAUAUAUUUCGAUUUUUUGUCUCGUCAUGAAAUGAAUUGAAUAAUUUUCGUUUUACUGCUUAUAACUAUUGAAACCUACUAUUGUUUGUCCACGAAUGAGGCUCUACAAUUCAUGUUUAAUGUCUUGCGCCUCGGGACUAAUGCUGUUGACCCCGUGAAGUUGAAGAAGACGAAGUUAACAAAGUUAUGAUGAGGUUUCAAAUAAUUGUUACUUGCUCUGGAUCUGUAUAAAAUGAUCGCAGUAACGUCUGCAACAAUUGUCUUUAGUACCAAACAAAGUAUUUAAUAAAUACUCAAAAUGCGACCCUGACAAUUAAAGUUUUAUUUUAACACCUCAUUUGUCAUAUAAUAAUUUUACAUGUAAUUGGAGUUCUGUCGAUGUUAAUGUUUAUUUUCCCCUAUAAUUACACACGAAAUAUUAAAGUAUAUUUAAGUUGUCACAAUGGCAUACAAAAGAUCAAAUUCACCUCGUCAUAUUGACUUAAUGAAAGAUAUUAUGAAACUGGUUGCAGAACCAAAAUCAAUAAAUAAUCAAAAAAAUUCAAACGUAACUUAUUAUCGUCAACCUGGUAAAGAACAUAAUCAUGAUUUUUGUGAUGCAUGUCGUGAAGGAGGUGAUAUUGUAUGUUGUGAUAGAUGUCCAAGAUCAUACCAUAUUACUUGCCACAUUCCUCCUCUAACUAAAUUACCAGAUGGUGAAUGGCUGUGCAGAAAAUGUUUUAUAAACAAUAAAGAGCCAAUGUAUGAAGUUCCUUUAAAUAAUUAUGAUAAGACUGAGAGUGACGAUGAUUCUAGUUGUCCUUAUGAUUUUAUGAGCAAAGAUAGAUUUGAAGUUGACAUGUUGCCUAGUGUUGUUCAAAAAAUUAUAGGUGAAAGCAAUUCUCCGAAGUGCAUGAUAUUUACAGAUAUCAAAUCAGUAAUGAAGCAUAAAUUUGAUCUGCAAACUCCACGUUUUUUACCUGGACUUAAAUCAAUUUUUAAAAUGCCUUUAGUACGAAAAUAUAAUGGCAAACAAACAAUACGAAGACAACUAGAUAAGUUUAAGUUUCUCCGUAAAGAUGAGAAAUGUUGUUUGUGUAAAAAAGGUGUCCUUAAAGGACGAUUAGUACAAUGUGAUUUUUGUAAUAGAUUAUAUCAUCUUGAUUGCUUGGAUCCUCCUAUUCGUGAUUGGGAUCAUAAUAUGAAAUGGUUAUGUCCAGAACAUAAUACAUUUUAUGAACAGGCUUAUCCAAGGUUUUUUAAAGAUGAUCAGUUGUAUUCAGAUUGUAUUACAAUCAAAAGAUUGCGAUGCCAAAUGUCAAGCCCUAUUGUAAAUAGAUUAGUCAGCAUUCCCAAUUCUGUUGAUAAUGUGUAUAAGAAAAGUAAUGACAACAACAUUCCUACUGAACCAUUUACAACAGCUUCCUUACAAAUUCUAUGUGAUAUUGCAACAUUUGAACUAAAAUCAAUGACUCCUGACAUUUCAAUUGAUAAUAAUGAUGCAGAUGUUAUAAAUGAUAUUUCAAUAAAGUUCAUUGCUCUUCAACGCCUUUAUCAACUACAAAAAAGCUAUCUAUCAAUACCUACAAAACCAUUAGCAUAUCUAUCUUGCACAAACCCACCUAACAUAACCACUUGUGUACAAAAAUUGGAAUUUACCAUUGGAACGUCAUCUGAAUGUGAUCUCUGUUUACUUAACUAUAUCAAUUGUGAAAAUGUUUCUGAUGUCCAUGCAACCAUUUUAUUUGAUGAGAAACUUGGAGAUUUUAGCAUUAAAAACCAUAGUAAAUAUGGUAUAAUAGUUAAUAAUAUUUCUUAUUUUGGUAACUAUCAGCCUAAAGAUUUGACCAAUAAAAAAUUGAACAAAAUUAACUCUCAAAUAAAAAGACAUAUAAAUAAACGACGAAAGUUGAUGAGAAAGCAGCCAAUAUUUUCUAUAAAUGAAACCAAUAAUGGAAAGUUUUCACUCAAGUAUAACACAAAUAAACAAAAUUCUCUAUUAGAUUAUCGAUCAUUGUCAAAAAAUUACAUGAAUAUGUUAAGUAACACUACACAUAAUUACUCUAAUGUACAAUGUUCAUGUUCAAAAAGACUUAUUCCUAAAGAUGGAUAUCCAGGCUUAGCUUUUUUAUGUAGUGGUUCCACGGUGUCAUUUGGCUGUAUUAAAUUUAAUUUCACUUAUGAUCGAUAUGUAAGAUCAGUUUCAAUUGAACCUUUAAGUACCAAAAAGUCAUUAACUUUUAAAGAAGAAAUGAAAGAAAGUGAAAUUGAUCUUCAAAAUAACGAGAAAUUAACAUUCAGUCACAAAGAUGUAAGCGAUAAUAAUAAUAGAUAUGAAAAAAAAAAAAGUGAUACUUCUAGUUUAAAAAAUUUACCAAAUAGACCAACUGAUUUUAACAUUUCUAUUGAACAAACUAAUUUAAAUCAUAAAAAAUACUCUAUUUCUGAAAACAAUUUAAUAAAAAAUAUUAAACCAAAAUUAAAUGGAUUGAUAAACAAUAAUGGUCAUGAAGAAAAAACAUUAGACUCUAUGUCUAAUUCAACUAUGACAAAUUUGACCAUGGAUUGGGUUCAUACUAAUGGAAUAAAUAAUCAAAGUAAAUCAUAUUUUGCACAUGAUUUAAUACAGGAGGUAGAAAUUGAUGCUACCGAAUGUUCUAAUGAAACAAUAGGUAUUCAACAAAUUGAAGAAGAAAUUGUGUAUGAUAUGGAUUACACAGAAUCAAAUAAUAGUGCAAUGGAAAAUGUAAAUGAAAAUAAUGCUCAAAAUUGGAUUAUAGAAGAAAUCCUAGAAGAUGGUGUAAGCUGUAAUGGUUUUGAAAUUGGUAAUGAACAAGAUUCUGUUGAUCAACUCUCAGAUUCUAAUGUUUUAAAAACUUCUAUUUUAGAAUAUUCUGUAUCUGAAUGUAAUAGUAGAGAUUAUAAGACUGAAAAUGUAUAUCAUCCUACGUCUAGUCUGUACAAUGAACCUAUAAUUAUUUCAGAUGAUGAUGAUGUUUAGGAUUUAAUAACCAAAGAUAAUUUUGUUGUUGAUUUAUUGAGUUUUGUUAAAGAUAUUUUAUUUAAGAUUUCAGUAUUAUGUUUUUCUAUGUCAAUUAAUUUUUUGUACCUUUUUUGUACUAUUUAAUCAUUGUUUAAUAUAUUUGUAAAAAAAAAAAAAUUAUAAAAUAAUGAAAAAUUGCAUUUGCUUUAUAUGUAAAUAAAUUAUUUAAACUACUAAUUUAUAUUUCAUUUUACAAUUUGUUCCAACAAUAAAUUAUA